GGUGUUUAUGCUACACUGAUACUUCUCGCCGUAGCGGAGUUUGUUGUCGCCAUCAUUGGUGCCAGCAUGACCUGCGGUCCCCUUUGCAACGGUGGAUCAGCAACUCAGACUGUGAUCCACUACCAAGCUCGACCACACAUGGUGGUUACCACACAGCCCCAUGGCCCGGCCUUCUACAACGUUCCCUCUGGCCAGCCACAAAUUGCCUACCCAGCUCAGCAGGGGCAGUAUCCGCAGGCUCAAGCGCCCCCACCUGCUUACCCAGCCCAGCAGGUGCAGUAUCCGCAGGCUCAAGCGCCCCCAACCGCUAACCCAGCCCAGCACGUGCAGUAUCCGCAGACUCAAGCGCCCCCAACCGGUGAGCAACAGUACCAAGAACUCAUUAAAUAGGUCAUCGAUGACCUUUGACCUGAUGGAAUCAUCUAGGGCUUAAAACGGAAUUUAAGUUUUGGCUUGUUCAUGUAAACUUUAUAUGAAUGCACAUUAAGCUUUUAGCAGUCACGCGUCAAGAAAUAGGUUCGGAGGUAAAGCGAUAUGUUACUCUGGCUCCAUUUUAGAAUAUUUUUUUUCUCAAAUGAAAGUUAGAAUGUUGGAGAUGCUUAAUUUGAAUCAAGCAGUUAAUGAAAAAAAGUAUAAUAUAGGCCUAUUCAGAUAUUUACUCAAUAGCUGUUGUAACAUUAUGCAUAAUGUAUAUAUUAAAUAAACUAAAAAUGGGCCAUUCCCAAAAUCACAGCCUCGGCUGUAGACAUUCGGGGCAUGUUUUGCGUUUCUGACUAAAAUACUAGUUAGUUUUGUUGUAUUUAAUUGCUGCGUUUUCAAAGACGUCCAUCACUGAACGCCAAAGGCAGUGUCUUUCUGUUUGUUUUGUGCAUUCGAAAUUGCUCCGGAGCCAAAUUUAGCCUUAACCAACAGCAGGUUCACCGCUUUACAAAUAAAGGUGUGACCAAUAUAAGCUUUUAUAUAACCGACAUACAAAUCCUUGUCCUUUGAUUGGAGGAACUCCCAUCACGUGACAUUCGUUAUGGCCCCCAUUCACGCCCGGGCUCAAAAAGUAUACUAUCCGCCAAUGGGGAAUGGGAAAUACUAUUUCCAGUUCACUCGGCUUCGCCUCGUGAAAUGGAAAAGUCCAGAUUUUACCUUGCGAUAAUAUUUCUCCCAUUCCACGCUGAGCAUAACAGGGAGUCGUAUAAUUUAGAAAAUUGAGUUUAUGUUAAAUUGUUUGAGGUUCUAGAUAUGGAAUUUAUUGCCUUAGUUUUCAAAUUGGAAGGGGUUUCGGUGUUAUGUUUCACCUGGGGAAUCUGUAUGAUAAUGAAAUAUAAAAACAGCUCUCUGUACAACGCAUGACGAGCUGCUUCUCCGAAUUAGAUCCAUUCGUUGAUCAAGCUGGUAUUGAUGGAAUAGCCCACAUUAGCUUUCUUGCAUUCACAGCAAAAACAAAUUUAAAAAAAGAAUUCAAGAUUGCUGACUUGAUAUAGCCGCUGUGACUUUUUAAACCCCGUCCGUUGACUUCAACAGCACUUGGCGUAAGUUACACACUUAUUUGUUUUCUUCUUAAAAGAGAUGUCUAAGCUUUGUAAUUCACACAUAUUAUAUUAGUCAGUACUACUCAGAUUUGUCAUUUAUAUGUACACAGUACUCACUUUGGUUUUGCUAAUGUAUCAAUGAGCAAAUGAUAUGUCCCUAUGAGAAGGUGAUGUUUGAACGUUUUUUUUGUAAUUGUUAUUAUGAGUUAUUAUUGUUUGAUAACAUGUCUGUCAAUUUUGUUUGCAUCAGAACUUCCCGUACCGGGGGGUGGACCUUCAGCUGUGUUUGUGUUUGGUCAUGCUGCUAAAAACUCCGUUCCAUUGAUUUCAUAUCUUGGAUGCUUUCCAUACAACAAUGACCAGAAUUUUAAAAUGUUAUCCUACACUGUUUGGAACAGAACUGCCGUAAGGGCUGAACAUUUAGUUAUAUUUUAUGCUGCUAAAACGUAUUCCCAUUUCAGGGAUGCUUUCUAUACAACAACGUCCUUAAGUGUUAAGAAACCACAUUUGGAAAAGGGAUUAAAACAAUAAAUAGUCAGGAUAUCACGUUCACUUGUCUUUAAACUUAAUGGAUUUUUUUUAAUAGUAAAGUUCGUAGUGCAGACCUUAUUAUGAAACAUUUAAAAUAAAGAGAAUGCUUGAAUU